GUGCGGCCGCACAGCGGGAAGGCGGGCGUUGAGUCCGCGGUGACCGGGUGCUCGGCUCGGUCAUUCCCGCUUCUGCCUGGCCACUGGCGGCUGAGCCGCUGGCCCUCGAGGCUGCACCGGAGCUCAGUGAGGGUGGCAGCAGGUUUCACGCUGCGCCUGUGACUGACCGUGGGCCUCCACAUACCUCAGGGGCCCUCAGGAGGAAUGGCAGCCAUAAGCAGCCGGCUUGGCCUGCUGCCGCAGUGUGUGGUGACAGGGGCCGUCCCUGUGUGCCGUUGCCUACACACAUCCGCCUGGUGGGCUGACAGCAGCAGAGCUUCGCUCACACGUGUGCACAGACAGGCCUAUGCUCGCCUCUACCCUGUGCUUCUGGUCAAGCAGGACGGCUCCACCAUCAACAUCCGCUACCGGGAGCCCAGACGGAUACUGGCGAUGCCAGUGGACUUGGACGCUCUCUCCCCAGAAGAGAGGCGGGUGCGGCUCCGCAAACGUGAGGCCCAGCUCCGAGACAAGGAGGAGGAGCCGGAGCUAAGUGAUAACUUUGACCUGGAGCAGUACAAGCAGUUUUGGACCAAGAAGUGACCCUGUCCCCAAGCUGCCCUCGCCUGUGAUGCUGCUGAAGGGGAAGGGUGUUUAUCUUUCAAUGGAAUGUCAGCAUUUUAAAACCA